AUGGUCUCACCUCAACUUCAACUGCUUUCUCCAGUGCACCACAUCAAGCGCAGCAGCUUACGCAACUGCACCGUGCUUUAUGUCGUUAUGACGCUACUAUAUUUCAGCAUGAGCGCGAAACGAAAGCGCUUAGAGGACACCGCGGAGAACUCUCCUCCUGAAGGUACUCCAACUCCAAAGAAAAGAAAAGGAAGAAUUACUGCCAAAGAACGCGAACGAAUAUCCCAGGAGAAUCGUAAAGCGCAAGGUGUUUUUGACGUACUUAGGCAGCACACGGACAGCGAAAACCGGCAGCUAUCAGAGAAGUUCGUACGAACUCCUUCAAGAAGAGCAGAGCCCGACUACUACAAGCAAGUAAAAUCUCCGAUUGAUUUGACAAGAAUCCAGCAAAAGUUAAAGACGGAGGAAUACCAUUCAUUUGAGGAGUUUUGUGGGGAUGUCGAGCUCCUCAUGGAGAAUACGAGGACAUAUUACAAGGAGGAAUCGGAAGAGCAUAAAGCAGCUACUGAACUUUAUGAACUGUAUAAGAUUACCAAAGAAAAAGUCGAUAAAGGAGAACCUCUCGACAAACCUAAACUUGAUGAUAAUCCGUCUAGUUCGGGAAGCGCUACGCCAUCUAGUUCUGUGCGGUCGAUCUCACCUGCUCCGAGCUCUCGGGGAUCAUCUAGUGGAUAUGCAGACGAAGUAGACACGGACAUGGUCGAGGACAUCCUUUGUGGUCUUUUGGAACUGACAGACUCUACUGGUCGUCUCAUUUGUCCGCCUUUUCGGGUGCUGCAGAGUAAAGAGGAGUUUCCCGUUUACUACGACAAGAUCCGGCAUCCAAUGGACCUGAAAACGAUUGCGGAAAAGGCAAGAGGAGGAGCAUACAAGCGUAUGACUCAAGUGGAAGCUGACGUCCGAUUACUGUGCCGUAAUGCGCAGCAGUUCAGUGGCAAAGGUAGUGAAAUUUACAAAGACGCUGUCGCCCUUAUGAGCUAUUUCAAGGAGAAGCGCGAACAAGUUCUCGAGAAAGGAGUUCACCCGAAACGAAGGGAGAAGAUUCAUCGUGCUGUUGAUCAACUGCUGCAGCAGGCGGCUCUUCCAGCCAACGCAGAGCUUUCUGAGGACUCUGAAGAGGAUGAGGAUACAGAGGACAGCGACGAUCCUUUGUGGCAGCUCUAUUGGACGAUUCGUAACGCACCAAAUGAAAAGGACCGCGAGACAAAUCUGUCUGAUCCCUUUCUUGAACUUCCCAGUCGGAGUUAUUAUCCUGACUAUUAUGAUGAAAUAUCUCGUCCCAUGUCGCUAUUCAUGAUUAAUAAGAAGUUGAAAAGAAAUGGUUAUCAAGCUUUUGAAGAUCUUUUCAAGGAUUUUAUUCAGGUGUUUGAGAAUGCUUGCGAAUACAACAUGGAAUCAUCAGAUAUCUUCAUAGCUGCACAAAAGCUGCAGAACUUGACGAUUCGCAGGGCUCGGGAAUUGCAACCUAGUCUAGAUCUUUCGCUGUAUGAUAAGAAAUCAAAACUUCAUUCAACACCGCCGCUUGCAGUUAAAGCUUUGAAAACACCAAAGACUCCAAAGAUUGAUGUAGACACUGAUUCUGAUGAAAAGGAUACUCCUCCUCCUGAGAAGAAGAAGUACCGGUCGCCGAAGAAGAUGCGACCCAUAUCUACAGGAAUGACGGCUGAGCAUGUUGCUCUGCCUGGACGGCCUGGUCGUAAGAGCAUGGAUGAGCUGAUGCUGCGGUUUCGUCAAAAGCUUAUGUUGUUUUGGGAUCUCAUUUACAAUCAUAAGGAAGGCAUGUAUUGGCCAGCUGGUGCUUUUAUGGAGUUACCAUCAGCUCGGGAAUAUCCCGAUUAUUACCAAGUUAUUGCACAUCCUAUUGACCUUAAGAUUAUUAGGGAGAAAAUUGAGAACAAUAAGUACGAAUCUUCGGUGCAGUUGAUGCAAGACUUUGCUGUACUAUUCAACAACGCUCGGCUUUACAACGAGGCAAACUCGCAGAUCGCUCGGGAUGCGUCCAUGUUGCUUGAUAUGGUUACGAAAUCACAUGCAGGCGAUAAGGAUGCUCCAUACGAGAGUCCUCUGCAGUUGAAGCAGAAAUUCGGAAAUGCGGUACCGACGCCACCUCAUCUACCAAAGAACAAGACUCCUAAGAUAGACAAAAAGUUUGAGGACAUGAUUGCAAGGCUUCCUCCACAUGAACAACAAAUGUGGAGAUUAUAUAGCAUGGUUCGUGAUGCUGCAGAUACUGACGGUAGGAAACUUGCUGGUGCCUUCAUCAAACUGCCAACAAAGGAGGAAUACCCCGAUUAUUAUGAAGUAAUAAAGAAGCCAAUGGAUCUGCAACGGAUUCACCAACGCUUGCAAGCUCACGGUUAUGCAAGAUGGGUGGACAUUAUUGCUGAUAUGUCGUUGAUGCUUGAAAAUGCUUGUAAAUAUAAUGAACCUGAAAGCGCCAUUUACAAGGAUGCUGUCGCACUUCAACGGCUGGUACUUGAGAAAAAGCGAGAGUUAGGUGCCGCGGAAGACUGUACACCAAGAGUUCAAAUGGAGAUUCGAGCCAUGUUUACAAAUAUUUUUGUCUCGGUGUUCAGCAAAAAGGAUUCUGAUGGGCGUUGUCGAUGUGAUUCAUUCGCAGAACUGCCUGAUUUGCUCAAAGCUCGUGGUUUGCCACGCGACGAAUGGCCGUUCUCGUUGGACCAAAUCAAGCGUAACAUCGACAAGGGGCGAUAUCGCCGCUUGGAUCGAUUCCAGAAAGAUUUCUUUGAUCUUUUUGAUCGCGCCAGAGAGCUCAGCAGAAGUGAUUCUAAGCUCUUCGAAGAUGCCACUGAACUUCAGUUAGCGUUCAUCCAAGAACGAGAUGCACAGUGCAAAGGAGUGCUUAUUUCGACUGCUUUCAUUACCAUCGAAAAUGACAUAAAAGAAGCAGUUGAAAAACUUCGAAAAUCUAAGAUGAAUCAGGAAGCUGAAGUUCAGCGGCGAGAGAGUAAUGAUCAAGAGAUUGAAAAGCAGGAAGGAGAGGUUGACUUGGAUUCCCUGAAUUUCGAUGGUAUUGAGUACACUAUACCGUCAUAUGCUUAUAUUUCCCGUACCGAUGACAACCACCGUGCACCACCUCACAUCAUUCGCGUGGAAAGGAUUUUCAAGACGGAUACGGGAGAAAUGAUGGUGAGAGGAAAAUGGGUGUACCGACCACAUGAGACAUUACAUCUGGCCAAUCGCAAAUUUAUCGAGAAUGAAGUUUUUAUUACUCCAUUCAUCGAUACUGUACUUGCUGAGAGACUCAGUGGUCUAUGUAUGGUUGUUUCGGUAAAGACUGCUUUGCAUAAUGUAGUCGAAGGAGUGAAUUCUAAUGAUCUUUACGUUUGCGAAUGCCGAUACUUGGGAAAGCCGCGUUAUUUCGCCAAAAUCAAGGCUUGGCCUUUCCCCGAUGAAGAGGAGAAAUUAAAGCUCACUCCCAGAUCACGUCCUCUUUCUCCAGUUCGUGUCACGAGCGAGUUCGUGAACGCAGAUGGAGUCGUUGAUCGAGAUGACGACGAGAAAUCUCAAGCACACUCAUCUUCGAGCUCGGAGGAGGAUGAUCGAUUACGAGAUUCUGUGGUGCUGGACAUCGAACGGCCCGAGCUCCCUGCUAGAACGGAAGCGGAUGCAGAUGGCCGCAUGUAUCUCCAAGCAAUGCGAACUCACAGCGGCAAGUACCACGACGUUGGCCAGUUUGUCCUUGUUUUCAAUCCUCAGAGACCAACUUGUGAUGUGAUGCGGAUUGAUAAACUUUGGAGAGAGAAGGAUGGAAGUGAAUGGUUCAGUGGAGGCUAUCUUGCGCGACCUUGUGACAUACAACAUGACACAGGCAGAAUGUUUUACGUUAGAGAGGUGUUUGCGGUUGAUCAACCUGAUCAAACUCGUCGGAUCGAGGACAUUCAAAGCCAUUGUGCAGUGCUUACACCCAAGGAAUUCGUAAAAGAACGGCCAACGGAGAUUCCGGAGUGUGACGUUUUUGUAUGCGAUUCUCGCAUACCGGGGCAUUCUUUUGCGAAAGGAGAACCAUCAUCGCUUUUCAUUAAGGCAACAGAAAAAACUUCUGCUGACGACGAAAACUAUGAUCCUUUGAACGGCGGCGCUCCUAUGCACAUCGAUUCUGCGAAGCCUCUCCGGAAAUUUAAGCAGUACAAGGGCGCACAUCUGCCGGAUGCUGAGCUCUUCAUCUUCAAAACACCAAUAGCCAUGGAGAAGGAAAUGUCACCGCUGGCCCGUAACGGUUCAAGUGGCCCCUCAGAAUUGGACAUGGAACUAGACGAAAACGAUACUGAUGGAACUGAGUCAACGGCCAGCAAGGUAAAGUCAGGGAUGAUGUCGAAUUGGCUUGCUGCACAACCGAAACUUACUGCAAAGAGCAAAUCUGGCUAUAUUCUCUUCUCUGCUGAAAUAAGGAAACGAAUUAUGCAUGAGAACCCAGAUUCUGGUUUUGGAGAAGUGUCAAAGAUAGUAGGAAUCGAGUGGAAGAAGUUAUCUGACGACCAAAAGAGACAGUACGAAGUCAGGGCGGAGUACAUCGCUAGUGAACGAGCGAAGCAGGAAGCUGCACGAGCUGCGAGCGAGAAAUCGCUUCAACCUGGUCAGAUCCGGAUAUACCAGUGCAAAUGGAUAAAUUGCGAUUCGCAGUUUGAUAGCGAAAAUGGGCUCUAUGAACACAUAGUUCAACAUCAUACCAGCCAAAUCAUCAUGGACAGCGAACAGCAGUAUGUUUGCAUGUGGGUUACCUGUGUUCGUAACAGAAAAGAUGGCAAGCCUUUCCCAUCACUACCUCGUCUUCAUCGACAUAUGAAGGAGAAGCAUCUUGCUUCGUCGAUGAAGAAUGUUUAUCCAAAUCAGAUUGGAAGGAAUUUCUUCAAGCUUUCAACUCAACCGACUGCUGGCGGGGAAUCGACCAGCAGCCUCGUGCACAUCCCUUAUGGAAGGGGUAUUGGAGGACAAACUCCUCAAGGCGCUCCUGGUCUGCAAACUCCUCAUGUCAAUGGGCAUGUGAGUACUGUGCCUCCCCACCUUAACGGCGAACAUCACUACCCUUCACCAAUACAACACCAACCACCUCUUAGUGCUCAAAUGACCCCACAGGUCACCCAUCAAGCCACGCCUUCUUGUUCACAAGGACCUAUGCCGUCAUCGUCAGUGCAAGCACCCAUCACUGACGCUGCACGUACGGUCGUCAAAGCUCAGGGUGCGGAGCCGGUAUUCGUGGCACCGCCGUCUUCAGUACAUGCCCGACGUGUGUUACACUCGGAAACAUACCUUAGGUACAUCGAGUCGCUGUCGUCGAAUCGCCAGCGCAGCGUUUCAAAGUGGGACGCAUCAUUGACCACAAAUCCGCGUAAUGCGCAACCAAAUGCCGCUCGACCGCCUCCAACUCACUGGAUAAGGGAGUCCCGAGGCCGCCCCGUCGCACGCGAAGAUGAUGUGGUACGCGCUUUAUGGCGACUUCGUGAUGAGCUGCUUGAGAGCACAUGUAAUAUGUCAGUAGAGAGGGAAUUUGCUGGUGUUUUGUGA